GCCAUUUUCUUUUGCUAAUUAUUCAGUCUGUGCACCGCGGCUUGGUGAUUUUACGAACAAAUUAUAGCUAUAUUACUCUACUGAGGCAUGGGGAGGAAAAAGAAGAAGCAGAUGAAGCCAUGGUGUUGGUAUUGUAAUAGGGAUUUUGACGAUGAAAAGAUUCUUAUUCAGCACCAGAAGGCCAAACACUUUAAGUGUCACAUAUGUCAUAAAAAGUUAUACACUGGUCCGGGCCUGGCCAUCCACUGUAUGCAGGUCCACAAAGAAACAAUUGAUGGUGUUCCCAAUGCCAUCCCUGGAAGAACAGACAUCGAACUGGAAAUUUAUGGGAUGGAGGGUAUUCCAGAGAAAGAUAUGGAAGAAAGGAGACGGGUACUCGAGCAGAAAACGCAGGAAAACCAGAAAAAGAAACAAAACCAAGAUGACUCGGAUGAGGAGGAUGAAGAUGAAGAGGCAGGACCAUCAUUCCAGCAGGCAACGGCACAGCCUCCGGCUGCUUACGCUCCUAUGGCACAGCCUGGAAUGGCACCAGUGCCCACACCAGGGAUGCCACCUGGGAGCUACUCAGGAAUGCCUCCGAUGAUGCCUGCAGUCCCUCCCAUGAUGCCAGGGAUGCCCCCAGUCAUGCCAGGAAUGCCACCUGGCAUGAUGCCCAUGGGUGGGAUGAUGCCACCUGGGCCAGGGAUGCCUCCGAUGAUGCCAGGCAUGCCACCAGGCAUGCCCCCUCCUAUUGGUCAUCGUCCAGGUAUGAACCACAUGCCACAGGCCCCUGCCUCCACCACGUCAGGCAUGAUUCCAAGAGCAGCCACACCUGCAGCCACAGUGGCUGCUCCACAGCCUGCUGUCACCAAGCCCUUGUUUCCUAGCGCGGGACAGAUGGGGUCUCGAGCUCCCAGCACAAGCUCAGCCUCCUCCAGUAUGGACACUUUGUCAGCACCCUCUAAGCCGCUGUCGCAACCUGUGCCUGGAGGAGCAGCAGCAGGCUCUUCUGCUGCUGCUCCCAAAGCCACAUUCCCAGCCUACAGCCAGCCUGCGUCUUCUGCUGCCAGCGCAGGCAGCACUGUGGCUAAACCUGCCACCCCCAUUACAAGUAAGCCUGCCACCCUCACCACUACCAGUGCAACCAGUAAGUUGAUCCACCCUGAUGAGGAUAUCUCUCUGGAGGAGCUGCGUGCUCAACUACCACGCUACCAGUGUAAGAUUCCUAGCACAGGGCAGGCACACACAAACACUCCUCCUGUUGGGCCAAUGGGAGGGGUGAUGCCUGCUCAGCAGGGUGCUUCUUCACAACAGCCAGGAGCCAGGCAUCCCAUGCAUGGGCCAUAUGGUACCCCAUCCCAGGCAGUGCCUGGCUAUGUCCCAGGGGCAAUGUCACCUUAUGGGCAAGGCCCCCCAAUGGUUCCUCCUUUCCAGGGAGCUCCCCCAAGGCCACCCAUGGCCAUGAGGCCUCCUGUAAUGUCCCAGGGAGGCCGUUAUUGAAGCUCAAACACCAGUCUCCGAUAGGUUUGGUGAUUCAACCAUUUUCUCAUGAAGCCUAAGCAUAAUUGUAAUUCAAUUUGUCUAACAAGGGAAAUGGAAAAAACAGCACUGGUUUACGCAUGAAGCUUUUGAAUUUUGCAUAGUUUUUCUUUGGACCUCUAACAUGUUGCCGAUUCUAUAGUGUGGCUUUUUUUUUCCCCCUAUGUUCCGUUUAGGUUGUUAGAAGUGAAGUUUAGUAAAUAUGGUUCGUAAUAAUUUGAAGCGGCCGGAGUAACGUGAACAGUACUACACCGUUUUAUCAAGGCAAGUCUUUGUAAACAUACUACUGUAAUAAACAAAUUAAGCCUUCACAGCACCUUUAGGUGCUGUUGGACUUCAUGUCCCCAGCUUUGCUUGGUGAGGGCUUCAGUUAGCUACAACUGUUUUUGUAUGCCUGCUUAUCCUUGCCUACACAGGAAAUCAUACAAAUAAUAGCUGAUGUGAAAAGUGUCUGUAUUAUUAUAAUUGUAAACUGUAAUAAACCUGUAUUAAAAUCUUAA